GCUUGAUGAAGGCUUUCAAUCAGGAUGGUGAUACCCAUGUAUCCACAGCCAGGGUGGUUGGCACACCAGGCUACCUUGCCCCCGAGUAUGUCUCCUUGCUUUAAGUUGUUGAGAAUUCAGUAUAAUUCUAGCGAUGCGACUGAGACGACUGUAACACAAAUCCAUCACAUAUGUGCACAUAUGCACUGCAGGUACGCGACAGUCCUAGAGCUCACUGAAAAGAGCGAUGUGUACGGCUUUGGUGUCGUGUUGCUGGAGGUGAUCACGGGGAAACCUCCGUUCGUGCAAAUCCCGCAGGCACAACCCAUUCAUAUUGUCAAGUGGGUGCAGCAGCGCCUUUCAUCUGGGGACAUCGAGGGCGUUGUGGAUGCACGCAUGCAAGGCGACUAUGAUGUCAACGGUGUGUGGAAGGUCGCCGACCUUGCGCUCGAGUGCAUGGCGCAAACUCCCGCGAAGCGACCGACGAUGACCCGCAUGAUGGCGCAGUUGCUGGAGUGCCUUGAACUCGAGGAGAGCCGCAGCAUCGUCAACACCGGUAGCGCCAAUGGUGAUCCCAGCUCAAGUUCUAGUAUGUAUGCCACCGACCAGCCCACCUCUGAUGUCGCCCAGAGCAGCGCAACGCUCAGGAUGGUACCUAACUCUAGCACGGCGUCAACGGUGGCCACCGGUCCAGCAGCACGAUGAGGCCGGAUAGGCUUUGUCGCCCAUUA